GGGAAAAAAGGGCCCUGGCAAAGGGCCAAUUCAGACUGGAGACCUUUCCGGCGCCCUCUUCCUCUCUUCCUCACUCUCUCCACCCAGGAAUUCUCCCUCUUGGUCGAUUCCCUCCCUCGGUCCAGUUGCAACUCGUCGCUCCUCUCACCCUCCCUGCCUCUCACAUCACCCGUCCCAGACCCGUCCAAAGACCGGAAAAUGGGGCAUUGACGGUUCCUCGUCAGGCUCCAUGUUUCUGAUCUUGGAUCCCUUGCCCCUCCGCCUCUUCUCCCACUGGUAUUGUAUUGUACCGGACCAGUGCUGCUUGGUCCUGCUCGCAAUACAUAGUACUAAACCCGCUGCAUCUCCCUCCUCCCUUUCCAUCUCUGAACAUCUGACAUACUCUUUGACUCUGAAGUUCAAACACUAUCAAUAUGCUCUUUGCGGCUGGCUCUCUCACCCACUGCUGAAGACUUGACACUUUCGUUGUGAAGAGAAAACCCAACACCCUCCCACCAAGUGCCUUUUCCCCACCUUUUCGCUCACCGCCACUUAGUCCAUCCAUUCUAUCGGCACAACAACAAAAACCAAUUUAUCGUCGAUUGCCAUCUCUGUCGCACCUAUGGCGAUGCAAUAUCAGCCCCAAACUUACUACCCUUACGGGCAGCCUCAGUGGCCUGAGGACGUCAAACCCGCUCUCACCGAAGACGAUUCCUCCUCGAUCCUCGACGACAAGGUCUUUGAAUCCUCCACCCCCGCCGACAUGGCAGCUGCUGCCGAUGCCUCUGACAAUCGACGGCCUUCAGUCCCCAAGCUGGAGGAUGACUAUCCCGCAUCUGCCCAUGUCUGGCAGGAGAGGCCGCAUGGAGUCAUGGGCCCCGUCCGCCAUUACUCGCAAAGCUCGCUCCCAAUGUCAACCCCCAAUGGCCAGUUCUUCAGUCAGAUGAACCCUACAAACUGCGGUCCCGGCUUCAUGCCAAACCAACCGUGGCACUUGUCCGGGCGGUCUGAAGCGAGCACUCCCACCCCCUUCUUCGGUCCGGUGCAAGAGCCUUUUGAGCAGCAGGUUCAAUAUACCGGGGGCCCAGUCACCUUUUCGGGUUUCCCGCAGCAAGACCCUGCCUCUGCCGUUUCCAUGUCGCCGCAGUCCAGUCAAGGCGGAUGGGCUUCGACCACUUCGUCAGAUGCUGCCGAGUCGAGUCGCAUGCUACGACACAGAUACAGACCUGCGUCCCCACUGCUGGUGCUGAGGUCCGACGGUAUCAGGAAGAAGAAUGCCAAAUUCGAGAUCCCUCCCGAACGAAACAUCAACACCAUUGACGCCUUGAUCAACUCGACCACCAACGAGGAGGAGAAGAAGGAGCUCAAACAGCAGAAACGUUUGCUGCGAAAUCGUCAAGCCGCACUGGAUUCUCGCAUGCGCAAGAAGCAAAAUGCCGAGAAGUUGGAACAAGACAAGAAGCUUCUCAUCAGCCAGAAGAACGACCUGGAGGAAGUCAUUGGCCAACUCGAGAACGCUCUCAACCAUGAAAGACAACAGUGGAUCCUCGAACGUCAGCGGCUCGAGGAGUGUAUUUCGGAGCUGAAGUAUCAGAACGAGGAUCUGAUUCGGACGUCGACUCUGGAGACCGGCGAGCUUCGACGAAUGAACACCAUCCUGAGGGACACCGUCCGGGAACUCGAACGCAACCAACAUGCGCGUGCCUAUGCCCCCAACCCGUCGGACGCCUUCUCGCACGACUUUUCGAACUUCAAGGAUCUCGGGCUGGAGGACCAGUGGAACGACGAGUUCGGCCUGAUGGGCAACGAAGACAUGAAGAUGGAGGAAUCCGAGUCGUUGCAGCGACAAGCCACCCCCAGACCUACCACCUCUUCGACCCAGCCGAACACUACCACCAAGUCUGAUGUCAAGGUCGACGCCACCUUCAGCUGGGAGACUUUUUACAUGUGCUUGUUGUCCGGCGCCUUCAUCAUGUCGCAAGCCGGAUCACGAGCCGCCAGUGCCGCGUCCUCUGUUGCCGUCGUGGCACCCAACAUGCCUGCUCUCUCCGACGAAUAUCGCGCUGAGGCCGGCAACGUGCUCCAGGCGGUCCUUGCCUCCGGGCCCGAGGUCACACACGAGGUUCUCCCCAGCCGGCCCGCCCCUUCGCUAGACAACAACGGCUUUCCCCACGCACUCUCGGGUGUGUCUGGCAUGACCCCUCAGCCCUCCGACACUCCACUCGGCAAUCUCCACGCGUCCCUCACCACGCCAUCUCGCCGCCAACAAGCUGCCGCGGCCUUCUCCCUCUCCGCCGCCUCCUACAACCACAUUAGCAGUCCCGACUGCGCUUUCGACGACGAUGACGAUGUGGUCGAAGUCAAACCGACCCGACUGCAACAACUGUUCGCGGACAUGCAAGCUGAGAGGGACGGCCUCGAGAAGAUGAGCGGCCUCGGCGGCAAAGCCCGGGAACGGAGCGUGCUCCUCGACCGCGUCCCCGAGAAAGUCCUACGAGAUUUCCGCGAAAUGAUAGCCAGGGUCGAGUAAAAGAGCCAGACACACUCUCCAGGAAAGGCUCUACGAUCUCUCUGGAACGACCGGCACGAGAAAAUUUGUUACAAAUCCGAACCAGAACUUUCUCUCUCUCUCUCAUCACAGAGGGGGUUUCUUGUUCGGAGUGGUGGAAAAUCUUUCCCUUUAUGGUUCUUUCUAUUCGUCGUCGUCUCUCUCUCUCUCUCUCUCUCUCUCUUUUUGUGGAGCUACAUUCUCUCCCUCUUCAGACGGAACAGGGUCUGAUGAUGAAGACCAAACACAAACCUACGAAAGCGAAAAGACUCAUAUGCUUCAGGGCACAAUUUCCUUAUCUCUUUCACAACAGUUUAGGGAUACUUUUUUUUUGGAAUCGGGAUCUGGGAAUCAGUUGAUACGAUAGGAUUACGACAUGAUUUUUUUUUUUUUUGAUUUUUAUGAUGACCCAGAAACUUUUUAACGGCCUGCCUAUGACAUGAAAAAAAUUCUUUCCUUUUUAUGCUUCCUGCGUUCUUAACUAUUUCGGGAUGGAAUUGAAGUUGGGAGAGGGUGGUGGAAAGUUGCACAUACACAUAGCUAUGACAAAGUCAUGAGGUUCAGGUGGGGAAAGGGGAAGGAGACAAGCAAGAUACAAGGGGGAGGAAACGACAGGAAACCAUGAGGCCUGAGUUAUCAGGAGAAAGACGACCCGACAAAGGGAACGGCUUUAUUGGACCAGAUGACGCUCCAAGGGAGCAAAUGAAAGGAUAGGGACCGAGCACAGGGAAAUAAGCCACAGAUAUGGCUGGGCUGGGUGGAUGGAUCGAUGAAAGGAUGAAACUUGAGGGCAAAUCAAGAGCCUUCGCAACGAUGUUACGACCAAAACGACCAGACGUACAGUUUUAUAACGCCUUCUCAUAUAGCAACCGUAUAAACAUGCCUCGGGCAAGAAUAAGACACAGGAAAGGGCACCGAGCACAGUGUCUCGAGCACAGCAGAUAGGAUCGUUGGAAUGGGAAACGAGGCCCACUUGCGAGCUCUUUCAAUGACAAUCCAAAGUGUUCUGAAUUCUAUAUCGUAUCC